AUGGGACCAGGCCCACCACCUCUCCCAGCCGAGUGUUUCGGGCCGUACGAUCCAAGGGAGCAUAUUUUGAGAGCACAGGAAAUCGACGCACUUCGCCUAAGCGUGACGAGCAGGGAGUUUUUUGAGCCCGAGAGACUGGGAUCUCUUGACCUAAUCAACGAACUGGCUUUGAGCUUCCUAGAACGAACUUUUCUUCGCAGCCGGACAGUCCCAGCUGCAGCUGAGACCCUAUUCCCACAUCGCGGCGAGUCCCAGCACUUGGACAACUUUAGCUAUCGCCACUUCACGCAACCACACGCAGACCCAAUCCCGAACUUCGACUCUGCAUCCGUAUGCUCCCGGAUCCAAAGCUUUCUAGCUUCUCGGGAUCCUUCCGUGGUCUUCGGCGGCGAAUACAUCGCGGGCAUUUCUGGAGUGAUGGCCUACCUCCUCGCUGAGGUGGUAUGCGCGGCCAGCAAUCAUGCGUCCGAUGUUUUCCGCGACUAUAUUCUGCCUUGCGAUGUUCGUUGUGUUGUUAUCAGUGACCAACAGCUGCGUGAUCGGCUGCAAUUCUCAAAGAGCUUUUGGGAGGGGCGGCAUCGUGAACUACCGCUGGCUGAGACGAGGAGUGAGUCAUAUGUCACAGAGGAGGAACAUUUUCCUACCAUGGCCAACAUCGACUACGAAGAGUGA